AUGCAAUCUAGCUCUCUUGAGAACAUGUUGAAGGAGUAUAUAGUGAAGAAUGAAGCCAUGAUUCAAAGCCAAGCGACAUCAUUGAGGAACUUGGAAAACCAAGUUGGGAAACUAGCUAAUGAGCUUAGAAAUAGACCCCAUGGUACAUUACCAAGUGAUACCAAGAAUCCAAGAAAUGUGGGCAAGGAGCAUUGUAAAGCCAUCACUUUGAGAAGUGGGAAAGAGUUGGAGAAUACCAAGACAAAUUCAGGGCAUGAGGGUGAACCCUCUUCAAUCCAAAUAAAUGAGGAAAUCCAAAAAGAUGCUGAAAUUCCUAGUGUACAAAAAUCUGCCUCUGCCCAGAAUGUUGCAGGAAUGCCGCAACAUAGUCGCCCAGACAACUCAAUUUCAAAGCAGUUACCUCCAUUUCCUCAACAUUUUCAGAAGAAAAAGUUGGAUUCUCAAUUCAAGAAGUUUUUAGAUAUGUUGAAGCAGUUGCAUAUCAACAUCACACUGGUAGAGGCACUUGAGCAAAUGCCUAACUAUGUGAAAUUCAUGAAAGAUGUUCUCACACGGAAGAAAAGGUUAGGAGAGUUUGAAACUGUGGCUCUAACCAAGGAGUGUAGUUCAUUUCUCCAGGACAAGUUGCCACCAAAGUUGAAGGAUCUUGGGAGUUUCAUUAUUCCAUGUACUAUUGGAAACACUUAUUGUGGGAUGGUGUUAUGUGAUUUAGGUGCUAGCAUUAAUUUGAUGCCAAUGUAUGUGUUCAAGAAAUUGAGGAUUGGAGAAGUCAGGCCUACUACAGUUACUCUUCAACUUGAAGAUAUAUAUCUUGCUCACUCAAAUGGGAAGAUUGAAGAUGUGUUUGUAAGGGUAGACAAAUUCAUAUUCCCUGCUGAUUUUAUUGUGCUAGACUAUGAGGCGAAAAGAGAGGUGCCUAUUAUUUUGGGAAGGCCAUUUCUUGCAACAUGA